AUGGAGACAGCAGAUGACGUCACGAGGGACCCCACCACAACGACUUACGCCGUCUAUCAGUCUGCAGGUUUCCCUGACUACGCACCGAACCACAACGGCGGGACGGGGCCACUCAAGGAUCGCUUCAAUGUGGACGAGUACCGGGCGAUCAUGGAGACCCGACCGGGCGAGCGGAUGUACAAGCGUCAUGUCAUCAACCUCCUCUUCCACAAGCGUUACGCCCUGGGAGUGAAGGCCCACGUCGUGCUGACCAAGAUCGUGAAGUUCAUGAAGGACAACGCGCUGGUCAUCUGGUACGCGGGACACUGGAAAUACGCCGAAUUGAUCACCAAACUUCUGGAAGCAGGGGCCCCGAAGACGAUUCCGUACGAGCCGGGCAUCUGGGUGUAUCCUGCGAAGGUCUGUCCCUGGAUCCUGUUUGACAAAUCCGAGAAGAAACCGGAUGGGAAGCCGUACACGGUGGCCGAGCAGCUCGAAAUCCUGGAUCGCGAAGAACCGGCUCACGUCCAGUGGACAGGGUGGGCCCUCGAUAGUAUCAUCGCGGAUCGUCCGGCGCACAUCCGGAAAAUGCUGCUGUCUCCCGAUGAGCGUGCCAACAACUGGGUCUGCGCUGAUCACCGUAGCUAG